CAAUGCAAUAGCUGACAACCCUAGGCGAUAACCCAAAUAAUUAGAUGCCAGUCAUCUUAUUUUUUGUUUGUCGUUUCGCAAAUUCGCAUUUAGAGCUAAUAUUUCGUAGGUAUGUCGGUUCGAGUAAUCAACGAUGAGUCGCACUUUCAGGCGGAGCUGGCACAGGCCGGCGUGCGCCUUGUGGUUGUGGACUUUACAGCGACCUGGUGCGGUCCCUGUCAGCGCAUUGCUCCCAUCUUCGAGAUGUUUCCCAAUAAGUAUCCAAAGGCUAUCUUCCUGAAAGUGGACGUCGACAAGUGCCAGGACACAGCGGCCGGUCAGGGCGUCUCUGCCAUGCCCACAUUUAUCUUCUACAGAAACCGCACCAAAAUCGACCGCGUCCAGGGCGCCGACGUCAACGGACUGGAGGCAAAAAUCCAAGAGCACAUCGGCACCGGCGGCGGCGAAGAUGCGGGCGAGGAUUAUGGCCAGGGCUUGAUGGAGCUCAACACGUUCAUCUCGAAGCAGGAGUGCGAGUGCCUCAACGAAGCGGAUGACCACAAUCUGAAGCACGCCCUGGUCUCCGCUGGUGGUUACCUGCAGUCCGAUUGUGAUGAACAGCUCAUCCUGUCCAUCACCUUCAACCAGGCUGUGAAGAUCCACUCGCUUAAGUUUAAGGCACCGUCACAACUUGGUCCCAAGGAUGUCAAGCUUUUCAUCAACCAGCCGCGCACAAUUGACUUUGACAUGGCCGAGUCAAUGACCAGUGUGCAGGACUUGACACUGGCCGAGAAGGAGCUGGAGAAUGGGGCGCCCGUCAAUCUGCGCUACGUGAAGUUCCAGAACGUGCAGAACAUUCAGAUUUUUGUAAAGAACAAUCAAUCGGGCGGCGAUGUAACACAGAUCGACUACAUCGGCUUCAUUGGCUCCCCCAUAAUGACCACGAAGAUGACCGACUUCAAACGAGUAGCCGGCAAGAAGGGCGAGAGUCACUAGGACAUCCCUCUGAUUCCAUAGAAAUUUCAACGUUUUCCCCUUGAUGUCCGGGAUGUAUUCAUAAACUUUGGACUUACAACUAAGCAAUGUACAACAAAAUGCAUAAAAAAAUCAUUCAACAAA